GGCACCACUUCCGGAUUACGGGUAUCCGCCCCUUCGUUCCCGGAAGUGGAGAGGGGAGGCGUUGCCAUGGCGGCGACCCUGGGGCAGGUGCUGGCUCUCGUGCUGGUGGCCGCUCUGUGGGGUGGCACACAGCCGCUGCUGAAGCGGGCCUCCUCGCACCUGCAGCAGGUUCAUGAGCGGACCUGGGCCCGGCAGUUGCUGCAGGAGACAAAGACCCUCUUCUUGAAUACUGAGUACCUGAUGCCCUUUUCCCUCAACCAGUGUGGCUCCCUUCUCUACUACCUCACCUUGGCAUCAACAGAUCUGACCCUAGCUGUGCCCAUCAGUAACUCUCUGGCCAUCAUCUUUACACUGAUUGUUGGGAAGGUCCUUGGAGAAGAUAUUGGUGGAAAACGAGCAUUCGCAGGCAUGGUGCUCACCGUGGCAGGAAUUACACUCUGCAUCACAAGCUCAGUGACCAAGACCCAGGGGCAACCAUCUACGCCUUGAGUGGAACAAGGCCACCCUCUGGCUCUGCUGUCUCCAGGAAGCCCCUGGGCCAUGAGGUAGAGGCAGUGAGCGUGCGGACUUAGCCCUCCCACCCCCCUCCACCCCCGAGCCUCAGCUUCCUCAUCUCUCGGGAUAAUAGCUACCUCAUGGAUCGUAGUAAGAGAACAAAAGUGAAAGGGUUUUGUAACUUCCAUGUGCUGUUCACCUGCUCGGAUUUAGCACAAGAGACUUCACACUCACCCUCACCCUCAGCAACCUUUCUGCCCCAGCAGCACUCUUUCUGCUGUCAUGUCAGGCCCCAGGCCCCCAGGCCUGCCACUGUUCCUGUGCCUGACCCAGACUAUCCCAGCAGCUGGUUGGUGGACCGCAGAACUCCAGCUGCAAGAAGAGAGC